CGAAGCGUUGCGGCGGGAUGGAGAGCGAGGAUGCGGCCGCGGUCGGUUCCGUUGGGCCCCGGUUCCCGUUCCCGUACACGCCGUACGCCAUCCAGGAGCAGUUCAUGGCGGCGCUGUACGAUGCGCUGGAGGAUGGCCGGGUCGGGAUCUUUGAGAGCCCCACGGGCACGGGGAAGUCACUGAGCCUGAUCUGCGGGGCCCUCACCUGGCUCCGGGACUUCGAGCAGAAAAAGCAGGAGGAGGAGGCGCGACUGCUGGCACCCGAGGAGAGCGGGCAGGAGGGGAAGGAGCGUCCGGCCUCGGCUGGGCCAGCACACCCGGAGAGCCAGGGCACCGCUGGGGAGCCGGACUGGGUUACAGCCUUUGUGCAGAAGAAAGAAGAGCGGGACGUGGUGGACAAGCUGAAGGAUGAGCAGAUCAGGAGGAAAAAGCGAGAAGAGCAGCUUGAGAAAAUUCGCAAUAAUGUGCGGUUAAAAUAUGCAGCAAAGAGGAAGAGAUCUGAGGAAGAUGAGACAAAGCGCCUUCUUAAUCUCAGCAAAGAGGUUCUUUCAGAGGGAGCUGAAGAUGGUCUAGAGCAGCUGGAUCACAGUGAGGAGGAGCUGAUUCUUGAUGAAUAUGAGAGUGAUGAAGAAAAGAAAGUGGUAUCUGGGCUGAAAGACGAUGAUUUGGAAGAGGAGCACGUGACUAAGAUCUACUACUGCAGCCGCACUCACUCCCAGCUGUCUCAGUUUGUGCAUGAGGUGCAGAAAAGUCCUUUCGGUAAAGACACACGUCUGGUCUCCUUGGGAUCCAGGCAGAACCUGUGUGUGAAUGAGGGUGUGCGACGCUUGGGGUCUCUCCAGCUCAUCAAUGACCGCUGCAUGGAGAUGCAGAAGAACAAACAUGAAAAAAAGAGUGAUGAAGAGAAUGGAGAGAAGGAGAGACGUGUGAGUCACAAAAAAUGCCCAUUUUAUUCAUAUGAGCAAAUGCAGUUUCUCCGUGAUGAAGUUCUGUUGGAAGUGAAGGAUAUUGAGCAGUUGGUGGCUUUGGGAAGGGAGACCAAAGCCUGCCCUUAUUAUGGGAGUCGAUACGCCAUUCCUGCUGCGCAGCUGGUGGUGCUGCCCUAUCAGAUGCUCUUGCAUGAGCCUACCAGGAAUGCUGCUGGGAUCAAGCUGAAGGACCAGGUUGUAAUCAUUGACGAGGCCCACAACCUCAUAGACACCAUCAUCUCUAUCCAUAGUGCAGAGGUCAAAGGCUCUCAGCUGUGCUGUGCCUACUCCCAGCUGCUGCAGUACAUGGAGCGAUACAGGAAACGUCUGAAGGCAAAGAAUUUGAUGUAUAUUAAACAGAUUCUGUAUUUGCUGGAGCGGUUUGUGGCCAUGCUGGGAGGUAAUGUGAACCAAAAUCCUAGCUGCCAGGUUGUUUCCCAAACAGGGACAGUGCUAAAAUCCAUCAAUGGCUUUCUGUUUCAGAGCUGCACUGACAAUAUCAACCUCUUCAAGGUUCAGCGUUUCUGUGAGAGGAGCCUCAUCAGGAGGAAGCUCUUUGGGUUUGUGGAGCGAUAUGGAAACCCUGCCUCAGCUGUGAAGCCCAACAAGGAGAACCAGAAGUUGAGUGGUUUGCAGGACUUUCUUCUGACCCUCCAGCAGGGAGCUGCUACAGAGGCAGGUACUCCCCAGAGCCUUGUCGUGGAGGCUGAGCAUGAUCAGGUCCGAUGUGCCUCUCCAUUGAUGCAGAUUGAAAGAUUUAUCUCAGCCCUUACCAAUGCAAACCAAGAUGGCAGAGUCAUUAUCAACAGGCAAGAAACAGUUGGUCAGAGCAGCCUCAAAUUCCUGUUGCUGAAUCCAGCUGUCUACUUUGCCAAGGUGGUGGAAGAAUGCCGUGCUGUCAUUAUUGCUGGGGGCACCAUGCAGCCGGUGGCCGAUAUCCAGGAGCAGCUGCUGUCCUGUGCUGGUGUGGACCCUGCUCGUGUGGUGGAGUUCUCCUGUGGACAUGUGAUUCCUCCAGAAAACAUUCUGCCCAUAAUCCUCUGCAAUGGUCCUUCCAACCAGCGGCUAGAGUUCACCUACCUGACAAGAAGCAUGCCUCAGAUGAUGGAUGAGAUGGGUCGAAUCCUUUGCAACCUGUGCAAUGUGGUCCCAGGGGGUGUGGUGUGCUUCUUCCCCUCCUACGAAUAUGAGAAGCAGAUAUAUGCUCACUGGGAGAAGACAGGGCUGCUCACCCGCCUGGCAGUGAAGAAGAAGAUCUUUCAGGAGCCUAAGAAAGCCAACCAGGUGGAGCAGGUGCUUGGGGAAUACGCCAAGUGCAUAAAGCGCUGCAGCCAGGCAGGAGAACAGAUGACAGGGGCUCUGCUGCUUUCUGUGGUUGGAGGCAAAAUGAGUGAAGGGAUCAACUUCUCUGAUGACCUGGGAAGGUGUGUGAUUAUGGUGGGAAUGCCUUACCCCAACGUUAAAUCUCCAGAGCUCCAGGAAAAAAUGGCUUGGCUUGACAAAAAAAUGCCCAGAACUGCUGGCAAGCCACCCAGCAGAGCGCUGAUUGAAAACCUGUGCAUGAAAGCAGUAAACCAGUCAAUAGGCAGAGCCAUUCGGCAUCAGAAGGACUUCGCAAGCCUCCUGCUCCUGGACCACAGGUAUGCAAGUCCUGCCAUCCUUGACAAACUGCCACAGUGGAUCAGGGAGAGAACCCAGGUGAAACCUACCUUUGGAGCAGCGUUUGCGGAGUUAAGAAAGUUCCAUCGAGGGAAGCUGAAUGCUUCGUGAUGUGGACCAGUGAAUGGGCUGUAGGUUAACUCUGUGAGCUACCUCUCUGAAGAAUACCUGAAACAGACCAGUUCAUGCUUUUCUGUACCAAAGAGUUUGUGAAUUUCUGGUUUCUGUCUCCUGUGUGGAUGUUUGCUGUUCAGUAUCUGAGCACCAUGAUGGUAAGGCACCAUAACCAGGAGGGAAGCUGACUGUAGGCCUGAGAUAGGUCAAGGCAGUAGUGACACACUCCUGUUUGUUUACUUGUUAUGUUUGUUUCACUGUUAAGGUUUAUUUGAUUAAAUAUUUUCAAC